UUUUUUUUAAUAUACAAAUAUAUGCUCUUCCCCUUUACAACUGUAUGAAUCAAAUCACAAUAAAAUUUUCUAAUCUUGGGUCUUCUAGAUUUUCUUCACAUCCAUCAGAUUUUUCUAGCUUUCUGGGUUUUUUUUUUUUUUUCUUUUAAUUUUUUGGUGAGAAACUUAAGUUUGAUGAUCUCUUUUGCUCACAGGCGUCUGAUCUCCUUUGUUUACACAACUGAACAACAUUUUAUUUUGUUCUCUAACAUCAUUAAAAAAUGGAUUUCUGGGUUAUACUUGGUUGGAUUUUUGUUAUGUCUGUCAUGGUGCUGAAAUGGUGAGAGGAAAGACUCAAAUGAGGAGGAUAGAGAAUGCCACAAGCAGGCAAGUCACCUUCUCCAAGAGACGAAGUGGGUUGCUCAAAAAGGCCUUUGAGCUAUCAGUUCUUUGUGAUGCUGAAGUUGCUCUCAUAAUUUUCUCUCCCAGAGGCAAGCUCUGUGAAUUUGCCAGUUCUAGCAUGCAGGAGACAAUAGAGCGUUACAAGAGGCAUACGAAAACCAAGCCAACUGAACAAAACAUGCAGCAUCUGAAGACUGAAGCAGCAAACAUGGUGAAGAAGAUAGAGAUUCUUCAAGAUUUAAGACGGAAACUGCUCGGAGAGGGUUUGGGUUCAUGCACACUAGAAGAACUACAACAGAUAGAACAACAGUUGGAAAGGAGCGUAAGCAACGUCAGAGCACGAAAGACACAAGUUUUCAAGGAACAGAUCGAUCGAUUGCAAGAAAAGGAGAAAAUCCUAGCUGCUGAAAAUGCAAAGCUUUAUGAGAAGUGUGUUAUGCAGCCAUGGAAAGGAUCAAAGGAGCAGAAAGAGAAUAUACCCUAUAAUGAAAGCAGUCCGAACUCGGACGUGGAGACUGACUUGUUCAUUGGACCACCAGAAGGGAGAACAAAAAGCAACCUGCAACGAGCUAAUCCGAUGCCUUGCAUAUAUGAAUUAUAGUGCACAAUUUAAUGCAUUGAGCGUCCGGUUUGUUGCAUUAGUUUCAAAUAGAAUUCAUAUCAGCAUGUAAAAAUGCUUGUUGAAAAAUCUAACAUUAGCAAUAACCAAAGAUUCGUCAUAUAAAGUAUCUUUUUUUUUUUUAGCAUGGCACAUGUCAUUGAAAUGCUCCAUUAUUCUAUUAACCUUUUUGUGUGACAUUUGUUACAAUUUUAAAUCGUUCGUUUAUAUGUUCUUAUUAUAUUAUUAUAUCGUAUAUAAAAUUAUAUCGGAUCUAUUGGUAUUGACCUCUGAUACGGAACCUUUUGUGGAACAGGGUUGCUGCUCAAAUCUUGAAUUUGUAAAUCCUUGUAAAGUUAAUGUAGCUUGAGAUUUUUGGGUAGCAUUUUGAAUCUUAAAUGGUCAUAUUGAAAUGUCAAAUUUUGUUGCAAGACGAUCUUUUCAUCGAUGAAUUUGUCAAAGAUGGUUGCU